UAAAGAGCAAAAUCAGUGUUCGGAAAAAACAAAGGAUGUGAUGAAAAAUUCAUUCUUAGAAUUUCAAUUGGUAUCCAAUUCAGAACACAGUAUCAACCACGGGAGUGAAACGGCAGAAACAAUUCCUAAAAUAAGGGAAAAUAGCUUCUCAGAUGCAGAACAUUUCCGUGGGGAUGAUGUAUUUACUUCAAAUGAAGAUGAUAGGUUAGUAAAUGAAAUAUUUAUUGGCCAAUACUGCCCAAGAGCAUUGUGACAUGAUAUUGUACUUUAUAAUUUUAAAACACUGUUUUCUGAAGACUAUGUUUGAUUUUAUUUCAGAACUCUUGAAAUCACUGAUACGAACACAAAUAAACUUGAAUUUCGUAUGGAAGGCAGAAGAAUUGUGGACCUAGGCUAUCUUGUAGACAGCAUUAUGUCUAUUGGACGUCAUUAUCCAUUUGACUGCACGUUUUCGGACAUGAAACUUAUCAACGAAAAACGCUUAGGUUUCUGCAGUGUUUUAACUUUUAAAUGUUUAAUGUGCAAUAUGAUUAAACACGUUCGCACAGAAAAACCUGAUCAGGCUGCCGAACUUAUGAAUGUCAACGCGGCUGUAGUUUCGGGUGUUGUAACAACCGGAGGUGGCUACUCGCAACUGGAAGAAAUGUGUGCUUCUGUUAGUAUGCCGUGUAUAUCGAGAGAUACCUGGCAGGUAUACCAUGGCCAGGUGUCUGAAUCUAUAAAUAAGACACUUCAAGACGUCAUGAGAGAAGCUGGAGCAGAAGAGGCUGAGUUGGCAAAGGCUGCUGGCGAGGUUGACAAGGAUGGAAUCCCUCUAAUUGUAGUCGUCGCGGAUGGUGCCUGGGCUAAACGAUCAUACAAAACCAAGUAUGAUGCACUUUCUGGUGUGGGUGCCAUCAUUGGAUACAGAACUAAGAAAGUUCUUUUUGUUGGAGUUCGUAACAAAUAUUGUUCUAUUUGUGAUCGACAGUUGGAAGAAGGAAAAUCAGUUAAGUCACACAAAUGUGCCAAAAAUUGGGAUGGUCCUUCAUCGUCAAUGGAACAAGAUAUCAUUGUUGAAGGUUUUUUGCAGAGUGUUAGUAUGCAUGGUUUGAAAUAUCAUAAGCUGAUUGGUGAUGGUGACUCCAGCGUACACAGGAAACUAAUUGACUGUAUGCCAUAUGGCCCUACACUUCCAAUUCAAAAAAUUGAAUGCCGCAAUCACAUUUUGCGUAAUUAUGCAAACAAAAUUCGUGAUGUUUGCAAAAACAACAAACUAGGCGAUGUGCAUUUGAGAAAUAGUGUUCUCAGCAAAAUUAAAAGAUUAAGAACAGCUGUUGUUUCAGGAAUCAAAUAUAGAAAAGCACAGAUCAACAUUUAUCAGCACUUAAGGGUUACAGAACUGAAAAAAGACAUAUUGAAUAGUCCUUAUCAUGUUUUCGGUGAUCACUCAUGCUGCCAAGAAAGAAACUAUUUUUGCGAUGGUUCUUCUAAACCAGGAGAAGUUAACAUUGUACCACUUUUGAAAGAGACUUCUAUUUUGGAUGAAUUACAAGUCGCAGUUCAACGGGUUGCACAUAAUGCAUCCAGUUUAAUUUACGAUGUAGACAACAACGUUUCAGAACUUUUCAAUUCAAUCAUAGCAAAAACAGUUGGAGGUAAAAGAGUAAAUUUUUCUCUUCGUGACUCGUACCAAACAAGGUGUAAUGCAGCGGCAAUCUCUAUGAAUGCAAAAUCUGACUUGCACAGACUCAUUCAUAAAACCUCAGUGAAAAGAAGUCCUGGCAUCCAUACGAAGAAAUUUAUUGAGAGACGCAGAAAAAGAAUGGAAAAUAGCAAACGUCGCCGACUUAACUUCAAAAAAAGCAAGAAAAACAAAAACAGUGGAGCUACAUUUUCUGAAGCAAAUGAUGAUUAUGGUUUAGGUGCAUCAGAGAUCCAAGAAGAUAUGACAAACUGAAUUCGCAAGGUGCAAGGAUCAAUUUCUCUCAGAAUUGGAAUCUGAAGACAAGAAAGAAAUAGAAGAAAGUACGAGAGAACAAAGUGCCUCAUUUUGUUGGAGAAUGCAUCGAAGCAAAAGACUAACGGCUUCAUAUUUUGGAAAGAUUUGCAAAAUGAAAGCUACAACAUCGUGUGCUUCAGUUGUAAAAGAAAUAAGGUACCAAGUAUUCAAAGGAAACGCAAGUACAACGUGGGGUUUGCAAAAAGAAUCUGUUGCAAUUGCACAGUUCUCUUCAGAAAAACAUAUUGAAGUUCAACCAAGUGGUUUGGUAGUAGAUGACGAAUUUCCUUUCCUUGCUGCAUCACCAGAUGGCCUAAUAGGGGAAACGGAAAUAGUCGAGAUUAAAUGCCCAAUAUCAGUACAAUCGAUAUCAAUAGAAUGUGCAGUGGAAACAAAAAAAAUUAAGUAUCUAGAAAUGAAAGAUGGAACCCCACAGCUAAAGAAAAAUCACGAUUACAUGUAUCAAAUACAAGGUAUUUUGCAUAUUACAGGGCGGAAAGUUUGCUACUUUGUCGUUUGGUCUCCUUUGGGCAUGACUGUAGAAAUUAUUGAGAAGGAUGACUUAUUCUGGGAAGAAAAGAUGCUACCGAAACUUAAACAAUUUUAUUUCAAUUGUCUCCUUCCAGAAAUUAUUGAUCCACGUGUUGGCCGAAAGUUAGCUAUACGUGACCCAAAAUACAUUGUAGAUGCUCAAAAUUCGGCCACAAAAGUGAACUAGACACGCUGAAAAAGAAUAUAGUGUAUUUAUGUUUGAGUUUUGCUUAUUGUUAUAAACAGUUUGAGCUGCAAUGUGUAAUUUAGUUAAGCAUUAGUGUAUACAGUUUAUGGCUAAUUUUGCUACAAAGUAACUGUUCUUGAUUAAAUUGUUGAUUUUUGUCAUCUCAACUCUAGCGGCUAGUGAAAAUAUUUUUUUAAAAGGUUUUCCAUAAAUAUUAUUUUCAAUUAGUGUCUUAUGUAAAAUAGUAGCCAGAGAACUAGAAUACAUGAAUACUUAAAUACUGUACUUCAUUGAUGAAUUGGUCAGUUUGUGAAUUUUAUGGGUUACAUGUUGAGGUAAACCAUGCAUAAUAUGCUAGAACUAUGUCUGUUUCAUAAUAUAUAUUUCAAAGGUUUAUUUUGAAUUUAUUUCGAGUAAGUAACACUUUUUAUGUUUUUAAGUGAAGUUGUGGCUAUUUUGUUGUUGAAAAUGACACUCUUAAGUUUGAAUGAAAGUGAGAUAUGAUAAAAUUAUAUUUGUAGUUAAAAACAGAUAAUUGUUUCAAAUUCAAUCUUUUGUUACAUGCAUAUUGCCAAAUAAAUUUGACAAUAUAUUAAAUUCUAUGCAUUUGAAUCUAUUCGUAUAUUCUGCAGCAUUAAUUCCUAUAAGCAAAUACUUAUUACGUACAAUGUACUUUUAGUCCUGUCGUAUAAUUAUACAAAAAAAUUGUAUCAAAUGUAUUGUGAAGAAAAAAAAAA